AUGUGCGCUCGCAUGGGGCAGGUCUGGGGCCCCCCAGCACAGGACUGUCAGGGAUCAGCUGUACUUGGGAGGGCAGAGCUGAGCCAGGCCAUGUCCCUGGGACCUCCUGUCCCCAGCCAGCUGUGGAGUGGGGGCCUGGGGGCAGCAGUUGCUCUGCUCUCCCUCCUUCUCCUGCUGCCAGCUGCUCUGUGGAUCCUGCAAACAUCCGGCUGGGCUGCAGGGGCUGGCGCAGCGCCUGCUUCAGGCCCCACUGCAGCCCACGGAGGUGUCGGGGAUGUGGCCAGGAGGAGGCAGUACGCCAUCAACCCACUGGGCCACAAGUGGGACCAUGUUAACUUGACCUAUCGGAUCGUGCGCUUCCCCAGCACACUGAACAGGGGUGACACGGAGAGAGCCAUCGCUGCCGCCUUCCGCACGUGGAGCGAUGUCUCGCCCCUCCGCUUCCGGCGCCUGCCCCCCGCGCAGCCAGCCGACACCACCAUCAGCUUCUACACCUUCAACCACACGGACUGCUGGUCUCACCGCUGCUUCGACGGGCUGAAUGGGGAGCUGGCCCAUGCUUUCCUGCCGCCCUGCGGGGAGAUCCACUUCGACAACCAUGAGUUCUGGAUCCUGGGCCACUUGCGCUUCAGCUGGAAACAAGGGGUCUGGAUGAAUGACCUAGUCCAGGUGGCUGCUCACGAGAUUGGCCAUGCCCUGGGCCUGUGGCAUUCCCGAGACGUCUGUGCCCUCAUGUACCCAAAUGCCACCUACAGCCGGACAAGGCGCAUCAGCCAGGAUGACGUCUGGGCCGUGCAGCGACUGUACGGCUGCAUGGAUGAGACGCAGCGGUGCGAGGUCUGGGCCCACCUGGGGUUCUGCAUGUGCCGGCCAGCCUUCGUGAAGAGGCACUGCCCGAAGAUCUGCAACUCCUGCUUCGAGGCCCCUGCUGCCCCCCCAACUCCCCCAGCCUGGCAUCCCCACGCCAGGUACAUCUCCAAAGGCAGAGUCAUCACCUUCCACUGUGGGCUGAACUCCUCCAGGCCGCACCUGCACGUCAGGUGGUACAAAGAUGGGGAGCUCCUUUCCUGCUCCGUGCCCGGCUUGGAGCUGCUGCUGCACCAGGGGCUGCAUGUUCUUGCCACUGAGCUCAGCAAGGGGCAGUACACAUGCCUGGUCCACCGCGCUGGCAAGAUCCUCUGUGCGAAUUCCUGGCAGAUCAAGCUCAAGGCCAGCACCCAUUCUCCAACCCAGCCACGCGGGCCCCACGGGGAUGUGCAAGGGAGCACACAAGCCCAGUCCACAGGUCAGUGAGACGUGUGUGAUCCUAGCUGUGUGCCCCCCGGCUCCUGGCAGGGGUCUCCCACUGCAAAGGGGCCUGUCCCACCUCUCCUCCUCCUCUUGCACUCGCACCACGGCUGUCUGAAUGGCAGAGGACCCCAACCCCCCCAGGACUCCUCCUCACCUGGGCCCAGCAGGAGUCACGGUGCUUGCUAUUCCUGGCCCUGGGACAGCAAUUUCCUGCCUAUCUGCUGGGAGAGGGUGGGAUGCUCCUCUCUCUUCACUCACAUGUGUUAUCCAGGGGGUCCCUCCUGCAGCAAGAAGGUAGCAGUGAGCUCUUUCGUGUCCCCUCUUCCCCUGCCCCUCAGCUCCCUGCUUCCACCCUGGAUCUUUCAUGCUGUAGCCCUGGCAAACCGGGCACUGAAUUAAAACCCAGAUGCAA